AUGUCUGAUUCAUUCAGUAGUACCUUUCACUCUGCCACUCCAAAUUCCCCACACAAUUCCCAUGCAGCCCCCAAAAUCCCCACAAUCUGCUCAAUACCCCAACCUUAUUGUAUUUGCACCCACUGUAAUCACAUCCUCACCUUCAAUCACCAUGUUGGUAAUGUAGCAGAACAAGGGACAAAUAACACAGGGUCCCAUGUACAGACCCAGCAAAGCACAAGGUGGAGUCCAACGCCAGUUCAAUUACUAGUCCUUGAGGAAUUGUAUAGGCAAGGAACUAAAACACCAUCAGCGGAACAAAUCCAACAAAUAGCUUCACAGUUGCGCCAGUUUGGGAAGAUUGAAGGGAAGAACGUCUUCUACUGGUUUCAGAAUCACAAGGCAAGAGAGAGACAGAAACGUCGUCGUAGGGAAAUGGAGGAAAAUGCAGCUUCUAAUGAAGGGUUGAAAGAGACAGGUUGUGGAGUUAAAGAGACAAAGAAGUGGGCAUCCACUUCAAACUGCAGUGGACAUGCAGAGGAAUCUGCAGUGCUGGAUAUAGCAGAAAAAGGAUCUAGUGUGUGGACUCAAUUUGAAGAGAGAGGCAUACAAGUUUUGAGGAGAAACACAGCAGAAAGGCAAGCUAAGUGCCAAAAUAUGGAAAUGCCUUGUUUCCCUCCCAUUUCUAUGGCAGUUCCUACAAGUUCAGCUGCACAUAGAACACAUAACACACAGCUUUUAACCCCCCAAAAUUUCAAUUUACCAUCUGUACUAAACAGAGAAAGUUUCAACUAUUAUGAUGAAGAAAAUGCAGAUCCUCGGACCCUAGACCUUUUUCCACUUAAAAGGGACGACCAAAAUGGCAUUUGUCUUGCUGAGAGAAAACCUAUGUUCUGUGCCAAUGCUUCUAUGGACAGUGAAAUCGCCUCCAACCAGUUUUUUGAGUUUCUUCCUUUAAGAAACUGA